AAUGUCACGGACUUUGGUUGCGUUCCUGUUGCUCGGAGUGAGCUGCUCCCUGGCAGAUCCCCUUUACCGGAAUGAAGAGGAGCCAGCGUUGCCUCAGCUCGAUGGACGCAUUGUCGGUGGACAGGACACGAACAUCACCUUCUAUCCGCAUCAGAUCUCGAUGAGGUACAAUGGAAAUCACCGAUGUGGAGGUGCUAUUUAUGAGAAAAACAAGGUCAUUAGUGCAGCCCAUUGCGUGAACACUUUGAGUGGUCCUGGUAACCUUACCAUAGUGGCUGGUUCCUCGAACAUCUGGUUCCCCAAUACUCCCCAGCAGGUGUUGGCUGUUCGUGAGUUCAUCAUUCACCCCAAGUACCGAACUCUGAACAACGACUACGAUGCGGCUAUCCUGAUUCUCGAUGGAGAGUUUGAGUACAACGACGCCGUGCAGCCCAUUACCUUAGCGAAGGAGCGUCCGGAACACAAUACAACCGUCACGGUGACCGGUUGGGGAACCACCAGCGAGGGGGGCACCAUCUCCGACGUCCUCCAGGAGGUCGAAGUCAAUGUGGUGGAGAAUUCGGAGUGCAAGAGCGCCUACUCCAUCAUGCUGACCAGCCGGAUGCUCUGUGCCGGAGUCACUGGCGGCGGCAAGGAUGCCUGCCAGGGAGAUUCCGGCGGUCCGCUGAUCUACAAGAACGAACUCCUGGGCAUUGUGUCCUGGGGAACGGGCUGUGCUCGUGAGAAGUACCCCGGAGUCUAUUGCUCCGUUCCGGAUGUUCGCGAGUGGCUGCUAGAAACCAUUGAUUCCUACGCGGAUGUGGGAAAAAUUGACUUCCUGUAAAAAUCCUUA